AUGAGCCACUUCCGAAAAGAUGAUCUACAGAGAGUCAAGCCUUGCCAACUGAGAAGCCGUGACUGGUCAGAAGCGUUUUCCCACGAGCGUGCUAGGAGCAGGGCGCUGGUGCCUGGCAGUUCCCUCACCGACCCGCGCCCCCGGGGCUUCGCUAUUACCGACCUGCUGGGCUUGGAGGCCAAGCUGCUGUCGCCUGCUGGACCUGGGUAGGAGUCGGGUUGAGAGGGCCUUGCGGCCCUGCCCUGCACAGGUCCAGGGCUCAGCAGUCCCUGCCUAGCGCGCAGGGCCCUUCCGCUGCAUCUCGGCCUCUUCUGCGGCUUCCUUGAGCAGCCUCCCGCGGCCACUCGGGCGACUUGCCUGCUACUAGCCAACGUGCCCUCCUUGCCGCCCCGGGGGCCUGAGCCCGCCGCCCCGCCACCCCUCCUCCGCCCGCCUCCCCAGCUUGGAUGCCAGAAGCUCAAGGAGAGCGUCUUCGCAUCCGAUGAGGACAGCUUAUCUCAAGACAGGAGUGACCUGAAGAUUUCCCCCACCCCUGGUAAGAGGAAGAAGUGGAGGCACAGAUACAGGGCCAGGACUGUCUUCACUGUCCAUCAACUGGAAGAGCUGGAAAAGGCAUUCAGUGAGGCCCACUACCCUGAUGUAUAUGCCCAGGAAAUGCUGGCCAUGAAAACUGAGCUCCCUGAAGACCGAAUACAGGUCUGGUUUCAAAACUGGAGAGCCAAGUGGCGGAAGCAGGCGAAGCGCUGAAGUGGCAGCAGCGUGAUGGCUGAGUAUGGGCUCUACGGGGCCAUGGUGUGACACUACAUCCCACUGCCCAACUCUGUUCUCAAUUCCCAGGAGUGUUAACUGGCCAGCUCCUGUGCACCCUGGCUUCUUGGGAUGUAUAAAAAGUCCACAAGGAUGAUAAGGAAACCAGGAAAUGAAGAAAAGCUAGCUCAAGUCUGGGGCCCUUACCACCUCAAGGAAGUUUCUAGUCCCAGUCAGGCAAGACCUCAGAGAGUCUCCAAAGAAGCCAGCCUUGAGAACGACAUGGCAGAUGUGGCCAUUGAUCUCUCCAGCUCCACAGGGCAGGAGACCAGGAAAGCUUACCAGGAUACCAAUGCUCAAGGAAGCUCAGACUCUGAGGAGCUGGAGGGGCUCCAGCCUGGGGCUGCAGAACUUAACAUGUAUUACUUUGUAAACUCCUAUGAGUCAGUGGCUGUGUCUAAUUCAGCUGUUAGAGUUCAGAGUCUGGAGAGAGCUUACAUCUAG